AUGGAAUCUUUUCACCCUGUUAUGAACUUACCCUUUUCCUAUACUUUCUCUACAACUCUCACUGCUAGUAGUAGUAGUGGUACCACUGCCACAUCCAUCACUAAUACCUGGAUGGACCCUAGGAUUUGGAGCAAACUCCCACAGAGACUUCUAGAUCGUGUGCUUGCUUUUCUUCCACCACCAGCCUUCUUUCGUGCUCGUUCUGUCUGUAAAAGAUGGUAUGCACUCUUGUUCGCUGACACUUUUCUUGAAUUAUAUCUCCAAGUAUCUCCAAGACACCAUUGGUUCCUAUUCUUCAAGCACAAAACCCUCAAGAGCUACAUUUAUAGGAACAAUACUAGUAGUGGAGAUCAAGGUGACAUUAAUGUUAGAGCACCACCAUGCGAAGGAUAUAUCUUUGAUCCUUAUGAUAUCACAUGGUACCGCCUUUCUUUUGCUUUGAUUCCCCCAGGGUUUUCACCAGCUUCUUCCUCUGGUGGCUUAGUUUGUUGUGUUUCAGACGAGGCUGGUCCAAAAAGCAUAAUCCUAUGUAACCCAAUUCUUGGUUCUCUAACUCAAUUGCCUCCAACACUUAGACCAAGGCUUUUCCCUUCUAUUGGACUAACUGUUAGUCCUACAUCCAUAGAUGUUACAGUUGCUGGUGAUGAUAUGAUUUCUCCUUUUGCAGUGAAGAAUUUAACAGCUGAGAACUUUCAUAUUGAUGGGGGUGGAUUUUAUUCAAUAUGGGGUACAAAUUCUUCACUGCCAAGGCUUUGUAGCCUUGAGUCGGGUAGAAUGGUUUAUGUAGGAGGAAAAUUUUACUGCAUGAACUUCAGCCCAUUCAGUGUUUUAGCUCAUGAUGUUGCAGCCAAUAUAUGGUGCAAGAUUCAAGCUCCAAUGAGAAGGUUUUUGAGGUCACCAAACCUGGUUGAGAGUAAAGGAAAACUACUCUUAGUUGCUGCAGUUGAGAAAAGCAAGCUAAAUGUACCGAAAAGCUUUAGGCUUUGGAGCUUGCAAUCAUGUGGGACUACAUGGGUUGAAGUUGAGAGAAUGCCACAACAACUCUAUGUUCAGUUUGCUGAAUUGGAAGGUGGAAAUGGGUUUGAUUGUGUUGGUAAUGGAGAGUUUAUUGUGAUUAUGAUUCGAGGGUCAGAUAAGGCAUUGUUGUUUGAUAUUUUUAGGAAGAUUUGGCAGUGGAUUCCUCCAUGUCCGUACUCUCAAGAUGGUGGUGUUGGUGGUAGCUAUGGACGAGAUAGUGAAUUGCAUGGUUUUGCUUAUGAGCCUAGACUGGCUACACCAGUCACUGGUCUUCUAGACCAGCUCACCCUUCCAUUUCAGCCUUUCAAUGGUUAG